CAUCCGGCUUACGUCACAUCAGGACGUCGCCGUUAGUAGCAGUCAGCCUUCUGCUGGGGGUUUAUCUUUUUUUGCCGUCUUCGUAUACAAGAGCUUCAGUAAACUUUGAAAAACGGGAAAAACUAAUUUAAUUUAUUUAUUUAUAUUCAAAAUUUCCUUACCUUUUGAUUUCCUUGUCGGUCGUAGAAGUCGGAACUGAAGCCAAAGAACAGCACGUUGUGUCCGUUAGCGCGGCGCUCUGUUAACAAGCGCUAGCUGGCUUUAGCUUUGAAACGUUGUGACCUCGCUGUCAGGAUGCCAUGCCACAACCAGCAGCUGAACAGUGUCAGCAGUGGGCAGGAGCACCCGAUGAAGCAGGUUCGGUUUGCGAAUAACAGCAGCAGUGUCCCUGCGGUGCUGAACAGCCCCGAACCGGGUGAUGUUCUUCCACAGCCUGUCAACCAGGACAGCCUGGGACCCCAGCUGAAGCUGCUACCUCUGAACGACCAGAUCCGGGAAUUACAGACAAUAAUCAGAGACAAGUCCACCAGCAGAGGAGAUUUUGUUUUCUGUGCCGAUCGACUGAUCAGACUAGUAGUUGAAGAAGGCUUGAAUCAGCUUCCAUUUUCAGAGUGCACUGUCACCACUCCCACAGGAUACAAGUAUGAAGGGGUAAAGUUCGAAAGAGGCAACUGCGGAGUUAGCAUCAUGAGAAGUGGGGAAGCCAUGGAGCAGGGUCUUCGGGAUUGCUGCCGCUCCAUCCGGAUAGGAAAGAUCCUCAUCCAGAGCGACGAGGAGACCCAGAAAGCGAAGGUCUAUUACGCAAAGUUUCCCCCGGAUGUGUACAGAAGAAAAGUGCUGCUCAUGUACCCCAUCCUCAGUACGGGGAACACAGUGAUCGAGGCUGUGAGGGUGCUGAUAGAACACGGAGUUCAACCCAAGCACAUUAUUCUCCUCAGCCUCUUCUCCACACCUCAUGGAGCUAAAUCCAUAGUCCAGGAGUUUCCAGACAUCACGAUCCUAACCACAGAGGUUCACCCGGUGGCUCCUACACAUUUUGGACAGAGAUACUUCGGCACUGACUAAAACCAGGACACAAUCAUGAUUAGCAAAGUGCUUGUGGUAUAUCUUCUUUAUCUCGGUGUCCUUGUGUCAUGCAAUUACUUUCACUGUUAAACUGACACCCGUUACUUGUAUUUAUUGUUUUUUUUUUGCUUCGUAUGCUCACAUUGUAGAAUGAAAACCACAAAGAUUAAAACAUUGAUCAAUAAAGAAUUUAUAUUUGUCUACAGACAGAGCAAUA